AUGUCUGUCACAUAUGUCGGUGCUCAAUGCUUGGAGGCGAUUCUACCUAUCCUACGAGAGAAAGACAUGUGGAGCCCGGAACUCGAAACCACAUGGAAGACAGCUCUUCAAUAUCUAAACUCUCGAAUUCAGGCCGGUAUGGCGCAAUCGAGAGUCUCAGUACCGUCCAAGAGGACAGAUGACCGAACGGCGGCAAUAGAAUCUGGCAAUAACAGCAGUAGCGUCGUCACAAUAAGCAUUCCGUUGGAAAUGGUCGAGAAAAACUCAAGUCCUAGCGGAGUUACGCCCGAGAGGCCAAUUACAAAGCUAGGCUCUGCAGAAAAUAAACCAGAGGAGUCAAAUGCCAUAGUGAUGUCGGAAGCAUCACUUCCAAAUGAGAGAUCUCAGCAAGAGCCCUCAGCAACGGCCAGGAGAACUCUUUAG